GCUUCGGAGAAAAAGGUAGAAGUAUAAGCAUAUCCUUGUUUUCAUAUUCAUAAUGAUUACCUUAUACUCGCGAGAAUAUCCUUCAAGAAGAAGUAAAAGGUUGACUGGUCCUGACUUGUUCCAGCUUGUAGUUGACGUGGGAGUUCGUUCAAUCAGCAUCACUGACAGCUGUCCAGAGCUUACACAGACCGUUCCGUAUUUCUACUGGAUACAGUUUUUUAUCAAAAUAAUAAGCAUGUCAUCCUCAAGUGAUGAGGAAACUAGAAAAUAAUGGCAACGACCUGCAUUUCAUCGCAGAUGAAAUUGCCAUUGCUCUCAUUAUUUUGCAUAAGUCACAAGUCCCAAAAAUAAAAAUGAGAAAGGACGAUGCCUUGAAGAAGAUGUUGAAAAAAUACGAAUCAACAUUCGGUAAACC